GCCCACGCGAGGGCGCCAUGCAACGGUCAUGGCGGCGCCCCCGCGGGAGUUUCCCGUCCUUGUGGCUGUUGACGACGCUGCUCGUCUUCCCCCAGGGGUCGAUGGGUGAUUGCAAUACAGCUCUCUUGCCUGUGUUUGCUUAUUCUGAGCCUGUAUACGACCGACUUCCAGCUUCUGUUCGAGUUUCUGUUCCAAAUGGCUAUUCAAUUAAAUACAAAUGUAAACCAGGUUUUGCAAGGAUCCCUGGAAGAAGUGAAACCACUAUAUGCAUCAACGAUGCUUGGUCACCAGUGCAAGAUGUUUGUGCUGUGUUGAACUGUGAACAUCCCGUUGUUGAAAAUGGAAUAAAUUUAAAUCGAUUUAAACAAUCAUAUACAAGUGGCGACAAUGUGACAUUUGAAUGUAAUACUGGAUAUUACAUGGCUGGAAGUUACUUCAUUCAGUGUGUGGGGGAUAAAUGGCUCCCUGAAGUACCGUCUUGUAAAAAAAUUGUUCCAGAAUUAUGUGGUACCCCAGUAAUCCCCAGUGGAACAGUAAAGCCAUGGGAACCUGAGUAUUCCAUUGGAUCCAUCGUUGCUUUACACUGCAAGACAAACUAUUCUUUCGUUGAUGAAACCAUAGAGAUGCCUACAAAAUGCAUUGGCUACAAUAUCUGGCAGCCCUCUAUACAACCUUGUUUCAUCAGAACUUCACGUGACACUUCUAAGUUUAUUAUUCAUAAUGGAAAAAUAGUCAGUGGAAAGAAAAGACUGUAUGAUCCUGGAGAUAAAGUUACUGUUCAAUGUGAUGCUGGCUAUGCAUUAACUGGGCCAUCUGAAAUUCGAUAUGUUGGGGGAGGAGUGUGGUUGCCUCGAAAGCCAAGAUGUUUUCUGAAUGGUUUGUUUAUACUUCUAAUAACUGCCUUAUUCAUAAUUGUGUUGUUGCUGUCAUUGAAAAUGAUUUACAAGAAAUAUAAUUCCCUGUAAAGUGCUCCCUACCCUACAUUCAGCAAGUCAUCAGAUUAGUAGUAUCAUGAUGUUCAUACAAUACAGUGGUCUUUAAACUACACCUCUGUCAUGUAGGGAUAGUUGCUGCUUCAAGAUGAUUAAUCAGAUGUUAAGAAUACUAGAAUAUCAAAGAUACUUAAGAUUUACAUGAAUAUCAACUUGUAACACACUGUAAGACUAUAUUUGAUUGAGCUGCUACAUGGUCAAACCAUACCUGAAAUAAAUGGUACAAGAAAUACAGGAUGCCCUUCAACAUGGUAGCUCCAUUCUGACUCUUCUGACAAAACUUGAUUUCUGUCUGUGUUCCAAUGUAUGUGGCCCUGACUGUAUUUCACAUAAUUGCAUAUAGGAAAUGUAAAGCGGAGGGGUAGGAAAAUGUGGUCCAUGGGCUGCAUGCACUCCCAACACAUUCUUUGGAAGGCAUAAAGGAGCAGUCCAUUUAUUAUUGGGUUAUUGUUUACAUGCCAGAUGACAAUGAAGGGGAAAAACACCUAGCAAUACCAACUAGAGCAGUGACAUUGCCCCAAACAACCCACCUACCUCUACCUGCAAAAUGCUCUCUAAAUCAAAGAAAUCUGAUAAAAUCCCUGGAGGUGAAAACUGGGGAUCUGCUUCCAGAUACUCCUACGACUGAUGGAACUCAGUAGGUCUGGCUUGCUGCAAGGGUUAGAAUUGAUUGCUGCUGCAGUUCCCCAUCAUACAGCAGAAACAUGUCUACAAAGAGGGUAGGUUAUACUAGGUUAGUUUUCUGGGACCUAUGUCCCUUGCAUGACUGGUGUCUGGGAUGAUUAUAGGCCACAUCUGAAGGGAGAGAGAUUUGAGAAAGUUUUACUAGAAAUUGCAGGAGUGGGCAGACAGAGAUAAGAUUUCCCAUUUUUCAUCUAGAUUUUACUUCUGUAGGAAGUGAAAUAACUUACAUUGAAUCACUUAUGAGAUAUUUCUAAGCCUAUGUGCCUAAAUACUAAGUACUGCUGUUAAUAAAUGGCACAAUGAUAGUACUAGCUAUGAUGGUUUUGCUGAGCUUAUUCUUUCAACUCCUAGAAGGUUCUAGAUUUCACUCUGGGGAAAAGCUUAUGCUUUAAAACUGAAUUGUUUCUUCUUUACACCCUUGUUUGGUAUUGAGAAUUGUUUAAAAUUACAUUACAUAAAAUUCUGAAGAUUAUAUGAAGCCAACGCUUUAUGAUUAAAUGUGUAAAUUGCUUUUAUAGGAAAUAUCAUGCACAUACAUCACUAGAGUUCCUGGAUUUUAACCCUGUAUUUAGCAACUAUAAAUUUUCAGGGGCUACACAUUAACUUUUCCAGUCUCAUAAUGCAACACAAACAUUUAUUCUUAAAUUCAACAUUCUAAACACUCCAUCCCACUAGUUCUGUUAAUUUCUUUUAAUAUAUAGUAUGCUUCUUCAGCUUGAAAUGGCUUGAUUUAGGAACAAGAGAUCCACAUUCUUCAACAGUAAAUUUUGGGAUUAUUAUUAUUAUUAUCAUUAUUAUUAUUAUUAAUAUCUGCAUGUAUUUCUUUUUCAAGCAAUUUAAAACUUGAUCUCAAAAAUAAAAUACAGUAAUGAAAUAUUUUUAAGAAGCUGGUAGAAGAGAUGAAUGAAGGAGUAGAUAGCAAAUCUGCUACUGUUAGAUGACCACACAAUAGCAUCAUGAUCACAGGAAACUCUUUAAUUCCAUUUUUAAAUUUCUGAACGUUCAGAAGACAUGGCCCACACAUUUCUAAGUUAUUAUUUGAGAGGAUGAAAGCUCAAAGGUUAAAAUAAAAGCACAGAUUUUCUGUUUAUGGGAAAGAAGAGGGAUGGUUAGGAAACCCUGAAUGAUGAAUUGAGCUCUCCCAAUAGGCAACCUCCCUUUCAUUCCUAAACUGAUCGCAUCUGUUAUACAGAAGAAUAACUAUGUUGUUGAAGAGGAAUAUGAUCAAAGUUUCUGGUUCUAACAAGAUCUGUUUAACUGCUGUAAUUUGCAACUUGAGUUGCAUUAUUUGUGUAUCAGUCUCAUCACUCCUUCAAUACUGAUGAGAAUAGUUGACUGAAGUGGUAAGUCAUUGUGGAGGAUGAACACAGAAAAAAAAUCAAGGAAAUAGGAGGGAAUCAUGUCCAAGUCAUGGUUUGGCUGUCAAGAACUGUGUACUACCAUACUCUUCUCCCUGUUCUGCUCAAGUAUUCUUAUUAGCUCCUCCACUUUCUGGUUCACAGUAACCUAGUUGCCCAAGUUAGAUAUUUCAGCGCAUUUUGCUGCUGUGAACUGAGUAAUAGAGGAGGGUAUUUAUGUAUGUAAUAGAAGAGAAGUUGAUGGGUGUCAGUACUGAGUUUUAGGCAGUUGCUGAAUAUGAAUCCAAGAUAUAAGCUAUAGUAAUGAGCUGGGAGUUGAAGACAGUAAAUACUGUUGUUUUCUCACAACUGCUGUAAGGUGGGGUGGGAAUCAUGCAACCUUCCAGAUGGACUGUAUCUUCUAGUUACUCACUGUUGGCUAUGCUGGCUAAGUCUGACGGGACUCACAAUUUUGGGGUCCUUAUUACGGUAAUUAUUUUUUAAUGUCACUUUAUAUAUGUGCACACAAGAAGGUGAUGCAAACCAAAGUAAAACAACAACCCACCAACAUUAUCCCAAACUCUAUGAGAGAUCAUGUCUAUGUUCGGAUGAUUGAUGUCUGUACUAAUCUGUUUUUUAUUUAGCUUGCAGUCUUCUCUAUUUGCACUAUCCAACGAGUUUUCUAAAUGCUGGUUAUUGCAUGCCUCUGUGGCUCUCUGCCUCUGUAGUAUGAAUCCAAUACGCUAUUGGUCCAAGUUAAGUGUUGCUCAUAUAACUGCCUUUUUUCUUCUGUAGCAGAAGUUACAUAUCA